CCAGUUGAUAAAUAUGGAGCAGAAUGCUUAUCAGAUAAAAAAUUGGAUUCAAAAAUUUCAAACUUUAGUUGCAUUAAUGUUGUCUAGUCAAACUAAAGAUCAAAUAACAGCUGAGGUGAUGGGAAGAAUAAAUAGUUUAGGCUUGACUCCUUUUAAAUUUAGCAAAAUGUCACUUAAGGAUAUUCAAAAUAUUAUUUAUCCUAUUGGAUUUUAUAAGGUUAAAUCCAAGUAUAUAUACUCAACCUCAAAUAUAUUGCUAGAAAAAUAUGAUGGAGAUAUACCCAACAAUUUUAAAGACCUUUUGGAACUUCCUGGCGUAGGGCCUAAGAUGGCUCUUUUAGCUAUGAAAAUUGCAUGGAAUGAAACAGUGGGAAUUGCAGUUGACACUCAUGUUCAUCGUCUAUCAAAUAGGAUGGGUUUAGUCAAAUCUGCGAAAAAUCCCGAACAAACACGAAAUCAAUUAGAAUCAUGGCUGCCUAAAGAAUAUUGGAGCAGUAUUAAUCACUUAUUGGUCGGUUUUGGUCAACAGAUUUGUACCCCCAUAUCUCCAAAAUGCAGUCAAUGUUUAAACACCACACUAUGCCCAUAUUUUUUAGAAAAUAAACCCAGUCGAUAAAUUUACA